AUGCCUUCUGCCAAGAUCUACUACGACGCAGAUGCCGAUCUUGGUCUUCUAGGAGGCAAGACGAUCGUUUUCCUCGGGUUUGGGAACCAGGGAGCAGCGCAGGCCCAGAAUCUUCGCGAUUCAGGCAUCCCUAACGAGCAAAUCCUCAUUGCGAAUAGGCCAGAUUCAUAUGCCGAAGACGCAAAAUCGAAGGGAUUCAUUGUUGAGCACGACUUCGUGAAGGCAGCCAAACUCGCAGACGUGGUCUUCAUCUUGAUACCCGAUCAAGUCCAGCCCCGCAUAUUCAACGAGCAAUUUGCUCCCAACCUGAAGGAUAACGCCGCGAUUGUCGUUGCCAGUGGCUACAACGUCUUCUUCAAUCUGCUUACAUUCAAAUCUACCCAGGAUGUAACCAUGGUGGCCCCGAGGAUGAUCGGAUCUUCGGUUCGCAGCCUUUAUGUCAAGGGCAAAGGUUUCCCAUGUUUUGUCUCCGUCGAGCAAGACGGCACGGGUAACGGUCUUGCUCUCGCGUUGUCACUGUCGCGCGCGAUUGGUGCCACAAAGGCAGGCGCUAUUGCAUCGUCUGUUCGUGAGGAGACGGCUAUGGACCUCUUCGCAGAGCAAGCCCUCUGGCCAAACAUUAUCACCCUCUUCAGGGAAGGGUUCAGCGUGCUCAAGGAGGCAGGCUGUUCUGACGAGGCGUUGUGCUACGAGAUGUGGAUGUCGAAGGAGCCCGCGGAAAUUUUUGAACGAGCGGCAGAAGACGGUUUCAUUCAUCAGCUGAAACAUCACUCUAUCGUGUCACAAUAUGGCCAAUUGAGUGGCGCACUGGCUCUGGACGGAGUAGCAGUACGAGAGCACUUCAAGAACAUACUCUACAACCAGGUCUUGAACGGCAAGUUCUGUGGCGAGUUCAGCAAAAUAGAAGCCGAUCUUGAGAAGGAAGGGGAUGCCAAUCCGCUGAAUCAAUUGUACAAGAAAUCAGAAGAAACAGAACUUGUGCAGGCGGAGAAGCGCGUUCGAGCUCGUUUGGCGGGUCUUCUGUAG